UUUGGGGGGAACGUGAGGAGUGAAGUUGUGUGAUUUGUUUUAUUUUGUCUAUUUAGUGUUUCUUCAGGUUUAAAUGUGUAAUAACGGUGGUUUAUUAACUGUUUAAUAUCUGUGAAAGUGCACAAAUGUGGUAAAAUGAAACAAAGCCGCUGGACGUAACUUAUCGGGAUCCUCCAAAAAGUCCACUAAAAAAAUUUCAGUAAAUAACCACCAUUUUACUGAGAUUAUAUUUCAUCCCAUAUCAUCUCAUCAUGAAUACUUGUAUAUUCAAUUGUCCUUCGACAUGUCCACCACCAUUGUCAAUACAUUGACGGGCAAGUUUCAUUAACUCGUUUUUAACGAGAGAAGUGCGCUUCUAUGUCUUUUCACUUCGUCAAAAGCGUCCAAUAUGCGCUGUUUUAAUUGUGCGAGCCUAACCGGCUCGCUUCUGUACACACAUCUCUUAAUUUCACUCCACAAAAGAAGUCCAUGGGCGUGAGGUCAGGUGAGCGUGGAGGCCAAGCUACAGGCCCAAUGCAGAAAAUAAUACAUUUGCUUCGGUAUUGUUCAGUAUCCUGAUGCAAAAUGAAAUCCUCGCUACAUAAUCAACGGUGGUUAAUUCCUGAGAUUUCCUGUAGUGAUAUGGAUAUAAUCCGGCCUUAUUAACAAUCUUCCAGGCACAGGACUGGCUGUUGUUAAACCGUCGAGCAGUGUCAUUUGUACUCCGUCGGGGAUCCUCUUCAAAAUACGCUAGUACAUCGUCGUACAGAUUUUGUCACAACGCCAGUCUUCCUCGUUCUUGACUAUGUGACGGUGCGUGGAAUGAACCGUGAUCAAGCAAAUGCUGACAUGAUUAACAGCCAUGCUGUUUUUAUGGGAUUUCUUUUGAUGAAGAUACGCUACACAGUAGACGUCACGAACUAUGAAAACGGCGUUACCUUCGCAAUCGUCGGCGCAACUGGGCAAGCGAAUGUGUGGGAGACUACGCGAAGGUUCGAGGUGAAGACUGAAGACUACAAUGCGAUGCUUCCUCGAAGGCGAAAUAUAGGCGUUACAGAAAGACUCUUGGAAACAGAAACGGAUUCAUACAAUAAAUUAGAUAAGAAAGGUGUUCAUUACGGGGAAUCGCGGCCUUACGAGAACUCAUCAAAUUCCAAAUCAACAUUGAUUCUUAAAUCAUCUGACCAGGACGUGUUUAAAUUUUUAGAAGAAUUUGUUUUUGAACCAGUUAUGGCUUCAAGAGAUAGAACAAGUGAAUUCAUUUCAACUGUACGCAGUCUCCAAGGACGUUUCUUAAACAAACCAACCGUAAGAGAUGAUAGAAAAGCUGCUGUGUUGGAAACUUACUCCCAAUUCAUGAGUAUGGCAAAAGUAAUUAGUAAGAAUAUUACUAGUACAUAUACCAAAUUGGAAAAGUUAGCCUUGUUGGCUAAGAGGAAAUCAUUAUUUGAUGACCGUCCCACAGAAAUUCAAGAACUAACUUAUAUUAUUAAAGGAGACUUAAAUUCUUUAAAUCAACAAAUUGCCAGACUAGGUGAAAUGCCAAGAGGUCGUCGCAGUAUGCACAGUCAUUCAUCUAGUGUUGUACUCGCAUUACAGUCACGCCUUGCUUCAAUGAGUAAUCAAUUUAAACAGGUCUUAGAAGUUCGUUCAGAAAAUUUGAAGCAACAGAACAGCAGGCGUGAACAAUUUUCAAGGGUGACACCGGUUGUAAAAGAGGUACCAUCUCUAUUGCAACAAGAUGAAGUAAGCAUAGAUUUGGGUGAAGCUACAAGUUUACAAGCACAGCAAUUUGCAUUCAGAGAUGAUACAGACUCAUAUGUACAACAGAGAGCUGAAACUAUGCAUAACAUUGAAAGCACUAUUGUGGAGUUGGGAGGCAUAUUUCAACAAUUGGCUCAUAUGGUAAAAGAACAAGAUGAAGCUAUUGGUAGAAUUGAUGCAAACAUUCAUGAGGCAGAAAUGAAUGUUGAAGCUGGCCACAGAGAAAUAUUGAAAUAUUUCCAAAAUGUAACUGGAAAUAGGGCGUUAAUGUUUAAAGUUUUUGGGGUUUUAAUAUUCUUUUUCAUAUUUUUUGUGGUGUUUAUGGCUUAAUAAAAAAUAACUAUUAAAAACUUAA